CCAACCGUCGGGUUUGAUGGACAGUCGUAUUUUUAUUUGUGAUAAGAAUGAUAUAACAAAGGUUCCACUCGUUAUCAAUGUGUUUACAACUGAGCAAAUGAAUUUGCGACAAGGGUUUUUUCGGGUGGAAUUCCAUUUAGCACCCCCUGGCGAAGUAGGGGGCAAGUUCCCAAUUUACUUAACUUAAAAUUAAAAUACCUCCUUGUUUUUGUUUUUGUAUGUCGACAUUGGGAUGUGUAAUGUGGUAGUUUUUAUUUUUUUCACACCAUGGAGGUCUGGAACUGCCCCGAAAAAGUGCAAAAUCAAAAUGAAAAUUCAUUCAUGUUGAACAACGAUUUUAUCGACGACACUUUCGACUUUAGUUUUAAUAAUGUGUACGAAAAAGCGACCGAAAACCUUACGAAAUAUGACGAUAAAGAGAAAAAUUCGACAAGUCUUGUUAAAUUGGAAGAAAACGAUGAAAAUGCCGGUUACAUCCAUCAUACGGUUUCUUUGGACGAAAUUUACAUGCACAUCCAUCCGGGGGCUUCCAAGAAAAUGCCGGAAAAACCAUCCCAUGCCACCUUGACAAUCACAAGUACAGACCCCACAACCAAAGAAACCACAGUAAACCGUUACAAUUGCGAAUACGACGGUUGCACUCGAACCUACAGCACUGUUGGUAACCUGCGAACACACAUGAAAACCCACAAAGGUGAAUACAGGUUUAAAUGUACAGAAUCCAACUGCGGCAAGGCCUUUUUGACCUCAUACAGUCUAAAAAUACAUAUCAGAGUUCACACCAAAGUGAAGCCUUUUGAAUGCAAAAGCCCCGGUUGUGAUAAAGCGUUCAACACUUUGUACCGGUUAAGGGCCCACGAGCGGUUACAUAACGGCAAAACGUUUAAUUGUGAGUCCGAAGGCUGCAUGAAGUUUUUUACCACACUGUGUGACUUAAAGAAACACACUCGUACUCACACCCGUGAAAAACCUUACAAAUGUAAGGAGGACGGGUGUGGGAAAGCGUUUACAGCAAGCCACCACCUGAAGACCCAUCAGAGGAUCCACAGUGGGGAGAAGCCCUACAUUUGUAAAGAGUCAAGUUGCAGUCGGGCUUUUGCAACUCUUCAUAGCCUCAAGUCGCACAUAAAGACCCACCAGAAGUCCGAACUUAAGUUGGAAGGUCAGGAGGAAAAGGACGAUUCAGUCAAACCUGAGCUUGGGGAAAAUGAACGGCGAAAUAAUGAUAUCAAUGUGCCUUUUGAUUUUGAGGGAAGCUACACGAUCGGGAGUUUCGGAAGUGCCUUAGAUACCUGGGAUGACUUGGAGAAAGCUGAGUCCAAGAAAAGUGAUGUCACCACGAAACAAGUACCUGAACCUAACAAUCUAACCGAAUCCAACCUAGAACCAGUCAAUUUCGACAACCUAUUUAAAAACUCGUACAACCUAGUCAACAACAACUACAUCGCUCGAAACCCCGACGCCAGUCUCCCACCCCUAACAUUAGACAACAAAGCCAAAUACGCCGCUGUCAUCGAAGCCGACCUAAGUUCCCAGUUCGAAAUGGCCAACGGUUUGAAAAAUUACGCGACGGUCAACACUGCCGAACCAAUUCCCACCCAACUUCCUUACAACAUUGGCACCGAGAACAUCGAGAACGGCAAAGCUGGAGAGACCCUAAACGACACCCAAAUGGAACUCGAAGACAGUUCCAUAAUAACAGAAAUCGAAGACGCAGGGAUAAAUUUUGACGUUGAUAUGUUCGAUAAUGUGUUCAACGACGAUAAAAAUAAAAAAGUCAACGUAAUAAGCGUGAAAAAAAUCGUGCCUCCGGAGAAUGAUCUAGUGAACUUGGACAAGCAGAUUUACACUCCGGAGGCCCUUCAGAUGUCGCUGGCGUGCGACGAAGAAGUGCCUUCGAUGUGGGUGGACGUCAUGAACUACUACAACUCGGGCCAAGCCAAUGUCUUUGAACAGAACACAAUCGACGACAGUCAAGUCAUCGCUGUACCGACGGCCGUCCAAUCAUACGUCAAUCUCCCCCCACUCCAAACAACUGACAAUCAGCUCGACAGCACCUACAACCAAUUGAACAGCUUCCUGAUGCAGAAUCUGGAACAAACGACUAACACCGACGCCAACUUGCUGAAGAAUUUAACAGCCGAGGCUGACAUUUGCAAAUGUGUGGACUGCAAAUGCGAUUCGGUCAAUAAUUGUCAAAAUUGCGAAGGUCACGAUCGGGCUGAGGCGCCCCAAGCUCAAAACUGCCAAUCUAAGGUCAGUUGCUGCAGCAAGCCAGUGAAGAAUCUAGGGUGUGGAGGGGACAAAAAUGAUUGUUGUGUCGUCGUUUGUUUGAAGACUUUGGACCAGUUGAGGCAAAUUCUGAAUAUGGCGAGUACUUGCGGAGGGUUUCAGAAUUUAACGCUGGGGUGCAUCAAAGGGGGGCAGUUUUGCGCCGUGCAAAAGUAGACCGCUUAAGCCGAAUUAACGUAGCAUUGUGAUUGGAUAGGGCCAAAGUGCUGUUAACUUUAGAUGUACUAAUUUCCGUGUGAUGUGCCAAAAAUAGUGUAGUGCAAUAAUAUUACGUUGUGAUAUUUACAAUUUUUUAACAAAUUAUGUAACUUUUUUAAGCUAGUGUAGUCGAGUGCAGCUGGGGCAGACGUAAGGGCGCGCCGUUGCUUCUGCCGCGCGCUGUACAAGUAUUCCUCAACUUCCUCGAUAAUUGUAAUUGUAAUACUUGCGCGUACUAAUGAGAGAGCAGCCGUGAAGUUUACAUUCUAGUCAUUUUACUUUAAUUCUCCUGUUACUUAUUGCCCUUCAAGGCUUAUGUAUGGUAAAAGUUGAAUACAUAUUCUUAAUAAAAUAUUAUUUGACA